GCGGGCGAGAUGAGCCAGUGCGUUGCAAAGCUGUGGCCCAAAUCUUAGAUCCUGAAGACUCGGACCUCUAGCCAAAGACCCGCAGCUCCCCACUCGCUGGGCCCUGGCUGGGGAGGGGGCCUCCUCUUAGAGACCCCGGAGGGCUGGUGGAGCCUAGCGGGGGGGACUCACACUCUAUUCUCCCCUCCCCCAGGUACAAGACGGUGGUGACUCCCCGGAGGGCGGCAGUGGCCAUCGCCGGCUGCUGGAUUCUCUCCUUCGUGGUGGGUCUGACGCCCAUGUUCGGCUGGAACAGGCUCGGGGAGGUGGAACGGGCCUGGGCAGCCAACGGCACCAAGGGUGAGCCCGUGAUUGAGUGCGAGUUUGAGAAGGUUAUCAGCAUGGAGUACAUGGUCUACUUCAACUUCUUUGUCUGGGUGCUACCCCCCCUGCUGCUCAUGGUCCUCAUCUACCUGGAGGUCUUCUACCUGAUCCGCAAGCAGCUCAACAAGAAGGUGUCGGCCUCCUCUGGUGACCCGCAGAAGUACUAUGGGAAGGAGCUCAAGAUUGCCAAGUCGCUGGCCCUCAUCCUCUUCCUCUUCGCCCUCAGCUGGCUGCCCCUGCACAUCCUUAACUGCAUCACCCUCUUCUGCCCUUCCUGCCAGAAGCCCAGCAUCCUCAUCUACAUCGCCAUCUUCCUCACCCACGGCAACUCGGCCAUGAACCCCAUCGUCUAUGCCUUCCGCAUCCAGAAGUUCCGGGUCACCUUCCUUAAGAUUUGGAAUGACCAUUUCCGCUGCCAGCCCACACCCCCCGUUGACGAGGACCCCCCUGAAGAGGGGCCCCACGACUAGACUCCACCUUCCGAUCCUGCCUGCCCACAUCGGGGGCAUCUCAGCCCAGUCCCACGUCCCCACUGGUCCCACUCCUGAGCCUUCCUGGCUGGGCUGUGGGGUGUGGGUGACCUGCACCUCGGGUCCUGGAGGAGGUUUGGGAGGGCGGUCCAUGAGGAAGGAACCAGGUAACCUGAGGAGAGGACGAAAGUGGCUUGAGCCUCCCCAGCUGUGUGACCAUCCUACGGGCAACCCAGUGCUUCGGGCUGGACGGACCUGGGGAGACUGAGGCUGCAAAGGGGCCAUGUGGGCUGGGAGGGCAAGCUUGGGCUCCAUGGCAGUCAGGGGAGCCUGCUUGUCUCUCGUGGUGGAUGUGCAACCCUGGGACCAAGCCUAAGGAGAGGAGAGGAUCCCCUCCAAGAUGGAGGGAGGGAGAGAAACUGCACAUCAUGGUCUUGCUUUCUCUCCUUUCUGUAGAAGGUGGCAGAGCCACUGAGGGGCAGGAAUCAUGGAGCCUCAGUCCCUGCCUCCCCGGACCCUGAGCGGCUAGCCAUGCCGGGUGCCAGGGUGCCUGCUCUCCCUGCCCCGGGGAGCCCAGGUUUAUACUUGGAAGAGGCAGAAAGAGUGGGUCCAGAAAUCAUUCCCAACUUUUGCUUUAUUCUCCACCAGCCCUGGGACCCAGAAAGGGGGCUCCAAGCCCGCUGGAGCUCAUGUGGAGUUGAAGGGCAGGCCGCACACAGCCACUGGGUGGCAGCACUGAGCCCUUGCUCCGGCCCUGCGCGGCCCAAGGAGGAGCCUGGGCUCUAACUACCUGUCAUCUGGGCUACCAGCUCCACUAGCCCCUGAUGAUGGCCUGGACUCUCUAAGUGACACCCAUCUCUGCUGUUUCUGGGCCAGAUGGAGAGGAGAGCCCCAGAUAUGCCAACAUGAGGGAGCAUUCUGCCUGCCUGAGGGGGCGGUGUGGACAAGGGAAAGUGCUGACUGUGGGUACUCAUGGGAUGACUUGUGACGGGCUGGAACAGGCCAGGGGAGACCACACCCCUGAGAGUGAGGCAGGGAGGUCUUGCUGGCGUUUAAAUACCCCCAGUAUCCCUGGCACUAGUUUUCAGGGGCUUUGGGGCUCUGUGGCACAGUGUAAGCUUCAGAGCAUCCAGGGAAGUUUCCACCCUCUGCCAGGCUCUGUGGGCCCUUGUACAGAGGGGUGGGGGUGGGGGGUUCUGUGUGUGAUUCCAGGCCCUUUCUUUUCUCGGAGGUAGGAUGUGCCCUGGCUCCUAGGGAGGGCCACCUGACUAAUAAAGACUGUGAACCUUGA